AUGGCCUUUCCUGUGCUGAGAGAGGUCCCUCAGGACCCAGACCCACCCAUGCUGCUCCCCCAGCCAAGCGAGCCUGCACUGUUCGACACCCUCUACUGCCAGAGUCAGUCAAUGAAGGUCGUCUUUGCCCAGUUCCCUGAUUUCUUGUUUAUCCACCGGACCUAUAACCUGACAGGCAAGGUACUAUACACCAUUCUGGUGGAUGGACCGCAUGUGCAACUGGAGGAUCCCCUGGCCUGGGCCAUCUGCCUUGCUGUUCCUGCCAGAGAAGAUGCUGAAUGCGUGGCCCAGAUAUUCCAACUGUUCAAGGUGUCCAACCCCGCCUGGGAGAGGGUCUCUACCAUCUUCAUAGAUCCUCACUUCUUCCUGUGGCCCACCCUGGCCAUGGAGUUCCCUGCCGCUGAAAUUCUGAUCUCAGCCUUCCACAUCUGUAAGUUUCUCCAGGGCAAGUUCUACGAGCUCUCCCUUGAGCAACGGGUGGAGAGGGUGCUCCUGACCUCCCUGCGGAGUACCAUGUGCGCAGCCACUGCCAGCAACCUCCGGAAUCUGCAUGAGCUGGUGAGCAGCUACGUGCCACCUGCCCAGCUGCCCAGGCUUCAUUUGCACUGGCUGCUUGAUGACCGUAUCUGGCUGGUCCAGAGCUCGCGCAGCCAGGCUCAGAGCAUCCUGUACUUCCAGGGCCUGGAGGUCACGACCCACUCUCUCAGCCAGUUCUUUGGCAGCAGCUCCUGUGUGGAGCAAAGCCUGACCUCUCUGCUGCUGUACCUGCAGAAAAACUCUGCAAGCUUCGAACUGGGUCUGAGUAUCCAGCACAACUCCAUCCCCUCGUACACCAGCCCCAGCGUGCAGCUGGUAGAAUCCCUCAUCCAGAACUCCCUCAACGCCAUCUGCACUGAGCAAGCUACGCGCCUCUGCCUGGGCCAGUUUGCUGUGGUGCAGAAGUCUGUGCACCUCAUCGGCACUGCGUCAGAAAGAGCGAACAUCCAGAUUCUGGAGGACACCCACAGGGUGCAGCUCCAGCCCCCUGCCAGCUGCAGCUGCUACUUCCACCACGCCUUCCACCUGCCCUGCCGCCACAUCCUGGCUGUGCUCAGCUCCAAUCGCCAGGUGCUGCAGCCAGACUUGCUGCCGGCUCACUGGGAGGCAGGCUGGGCAGCCAGCCUUGAAGGCAUCCUGAACAGCCAGCGGAGCGAGUCCAUGGAGAAGCGCCUGGCCGUGGCUUUCCUCACGCAGGAGGUGGGCCGGCUCCUGCAGCACUGCGGCCAGGAGGAGUUUGAGCAGAGAUACAGCACCCUGCGGGAACUCGCCGACUGCUGGAUCGGCCCGUACAUACUGGUCCAAGUCUGA